UGGAUGGCUUGGUGAUACAACGCCAACUGACAAAGCACAGCAGGGGGUGUCUCCACCACUGUCUGGCUCCACUCCCACAACGACGGGUUUUCUCACCUUGUACUAGAAGUGACAUCCGAUGGCUGGCCCGCCGAUGGUUGGUUUGCCGAUGACGCUUUGGUGCUGGACGGCUUCCCACCCCACCCACCACGAGGUGUCAAACAACCCAGUCCUGCAACCAACCAAUACAAAUGUGCACACCCACCAAUCCAUCCCAUCCAUCCAUCCCAUUAGUAGCAGGACCUUUCUACCCUCGAAAUACCGAUGGGCUCGACGACGGGCGGCAGGUCGACGCUUUUCACACGGCCGGCCGCUGGCGCACUUGGCCGAGCGGGAGCUGAAAUGGAAGUGGCACACGUAGACGACGUAGAAGGGCUGGCCGACACCGUCAUGCGGGGGCUGCGCUGAGCUGUCGGGGGAUGGGAACAGGCGCUCUUCUGCUUGUCCUUCCUGCCUUUGGCAGCCCUCCCCUGCUGCAGCACGACAGAGCGACGCGCGAAUGUGGAUGUGAUGAGCAUCUGAUCGAUAUCCUCGUGCUCUUCCUCGCUCUCUGGCUCAUCGGCCACCCCUUGUCCGCUGCCGGCCUUGGUUGCAGUCGACACAGAUGAGGCUUUUCCCACCCUGUGGUGCUGUUUCGGCUUGCUCUUUGGCCUCAUCGCUGCCUUGGCUUCCUCCUCCCGUAUCAAGAUUUCUGCCCGCCUUCUCGCCUCCAAGCCCGUCAAGGGACGCAUCAGCCAUCCUGUCAGCUCCUUUGCCGCACUGCCAGCCGCAGAAUAUACAUUUCUAGAAAUGUCCCAGGCCGCCCUCAUCACCUUCGUAGCCGCAAUGCAGAGCCCCCCGAGGAAGAAGCCGGAGGGGAUGUUCAUGAUGAAACGGACGAGGAAGAGCCAGCAGGAUUCAUCCCUCUCCGCCGCCCUCAUUCGCUCUUCAUCUAUGUCCCACUUCCAGACAGCGCCGGCAAGUGUGCACUCAAUAAAUGAAUGGUCGCGUGAAUGGGUGCCAGCGCGCCAUCAAUUUCGCAUCUGGACCUUGUCACGGCAGUAUCAGACGAGUUCUGUCGCUUGGAAAGCAACC